AUGGAGUAUAACAUUCAGAUUAUUUUACUUUUUACAAAUAUAUUUAUUAAUACAAUAGUUUUGAGUACAGUGACUCCUGGAAUACCUUUAUUAGACAAUGAAUGGUGGGGACCAACACAUUUGCAGCUGCUUAAUGAUACCAGUAUCAGACCUUUCAGAAUUCAAUUUCAUGAAGAGAUGAUCAAAGACCUCAGAUAUCGCUUGAUAAACCACCGCCCAUUCACUCCUCCUUUGGAAGGAGUGGGAUUCGAAUACGGUUUUAACACCAACUAUCUACACAGUUGGGUGGACUACUGGGCAAAUGACUACAGGUUUAAAGAAAGAGAAGACAUCUUGAAUCAGUUCCCACAAUACAAGACCAAUAUAUAUGGAUGUCUACUUCUUAUGGGUUAA